AUGAACUACCUCAACCCGGCGCUCGACCUCGAUCAGCUCCAGGCCGAGUUCAGCGUCAACCGCCGGCUGCUGAUCCGGGACUUCUUCAGCCCCGAGGUCGCCGAGGCGCUGGCCCGCGCCGUGGAGGCGAUCGACUGGAGCCUGGGCUACCGCGACGCCAAGGGCGACCGCCGCCUGACGGGCGAGCAGCUGCGCAGCCUGGACGACAGCCAGCGUGCCUACCUGGUCGAUGGCAUCGUCGAGGUGGCGCGGCGGCAGUUCCAGUUUUCCUUCUAUACCGAGUCACUCGCCGACGCGCUCAAGCGCGGUGACGAGGGGCUGCUCGCACGCUUCAUCCGCUACAUGGCCGAUGACGCCUUCCUGUCCAUCAUGCGGCGCAUCACGGGCAUCCAGGAGGUGAACCGGGUCUACGCCCAAGCGACGAUGUAUGCGCCGGGGAGCUUUCUGCUGGCGCAUGAUGACCAUGUCGACGUCGAGGAACGCCGCCUCGCCUACGUGAUCAAUCUGACGCGCCAGUGGCGGCCCGAUUGGGGCGGCAUGCUCCACUUCAGCCGUCCCGACGGCAGCGUGAGCGACACCUACUUCCCGCAUUUCAAUUCAAUGUCGGUCUUCGAGGUGCCCCAGACGCAUUUCGUCUCCUAUGUGCCGCCAUUUGCGCAGGGGCAGCGCCACGCGAUCACCGGCUGGCUCAUCGCCGCUUGA